AUGGCACAGAGCACUGAGCUCCAGCCAAGCUUUGAGGAUGUGUUUAAAAUUCUGUCCCAGGUCUCACAAGAUAAACUCCUGAGCCUCAAACUUAAACUGAAGCACUCUGUCCGUGGGCCCAGCACCAAGUUACUGCAAGCCAUGGUCAUGCUCACCCUGGGGCAAGAAACACAGGCAAGGAUUUGUUUGGAUGCCUUGAGGGAUACCCAGGCAGCCCACUAUGUGCUCCAGACCAAACUGGGUGCUGCAGCAGUGUGGGAAGGCAGGGAGGAUUUGCAGCCUCCUCAGCUGGAUGCAGGUACUGUGGAGCUUCUGGCACAGGUGUACGAAGUGUUGGCACAGGAAAAACUGUGCAGUGCUGAGGCCAGGGACAAAGCCUGCCAGGCUGCCAGCAAAGCCUGCCACGCCAGCAAGGACACCCCGUGGGGGACACUCAACAACAUCCUACCUGAGGAGCAGGACAAACACAGCUCUGCCACCAGCGUGGGCACAGAGGACAGAUUCCAUACGCUGAAAUCCGAUGUGGACACAGGAUCUUUCCAUACAAACAGCCCAAACCAUGUGGUGAGUUCUCCAGAGCAGAUUAGAGGCAACUCAUGCCUUUCAGGCUCACACACCUUUUUCUCUGAGGAGAGUUCCUCUCUCACCAGCCGUCUGGAGAUCAGUGCAUCACCAACAGCUGAUUUUCACACCCAGCCCAGCAGUGCUGGACAGCCUGACAGAGACAGACAGAGCCCCCAGGAAAUGAGCUGGGCCAGCAGCCCCAGCUCUCACCCUGGGCAGGACACAGGUGCCCAAGUCCCCCAGGCAGAGAAGGCUGUGCAGAUCAGCUCCUGUCACCCAGCACUCCCUGAUCCUGAGGUGUCUCUGCCCUCAGAGGGGGCAGUGAGCCAGCCUGCCCCACGCAGGGAUGCUCCCACCACAGUGCCAGCAGAGCCUCGUGCACCAAGAGAACACACAGACAAAGAGCAGCAGGAAAAGCACUUUUCUACUGGUCUGCCUGACCCAAGAGCUACAGUGGAUACUGGUCCUGCCCACAUGUCCAGAGAGGACUCCUACAUUCCAGCAGAUAUUCCUUCUAACUCUACAUCACCUUCCAUUCCAACCCAUCCCCUUCCUCCUCCUCGUCAGGAACCUCCUUCUAACAUACAUCCCCCUCCCCUCCACUCAUCCCCCUCUCCAUGCUGGCCUCCUCCUCUCCCAGCUGUGGAUCCAGCACCCACAUCAGAGCCAGAUGGUGCCAAGUUCUUCACCUUUGUUGUCCUGCAUGCCAGUGAAGAUGUGACUGUUGCCAAACGAGUCAAGAACCUGCUGGAGAACAUGGGGGUGGCCAACGGUGCCACCCUCUGUGAGGACUUCUCCAUCGCCGGACGCAGCCACAUGACUUGCUUCCAAGAUGCUAUGGAAAACUCUGCCUUUGUCAUCCUUCUGCUGACCAACAACUUCACGGGCAACCUGUGCCUGUUCCAGACAGACACUGCUCUGAUGCAGUCCCUCCAGGACCCAGCCAAGCGCUACUCAGUCAUCCCAUUCCUCCCCAAGGAGAACGCCCUGGAGCAGAGUCAGAUUCCCUUGGUGCUCCGUGUGCUCGUGACCCUGCACGAGAGCUCUCCUCUCUUCCACAGGACUGUGCACAACACCUUUAACUCCAAGAACAUCAGGAAGAAGAAAGCCAUGUGGGAUGAGGUGCAGAGGAGGAAACACCAGCUGUACUGGGAACAGCAUCAAGCACAGCAGAACUUGGCUGGCCUAAGCCUUGGCUCCUCUCCACAGGUACCUCCAGCAGCGACACAGUCGUGGCCAUCACAGCAUCCACCUCCUCCUGGCCAGAUGGGUCCUCUCCCCUCCCAACCACCAUUCCCAUCAGCUCACAAUAACAUCAUGCCAGGCCCAGGAGGGAUCAUCAUCCAACACGCUCGGAUGGUUCAGAUCGGGAACCACAAUGUGAUGCAGGUAGAGACUGUCACACCUGGUCCUCGGGACAGCGAGGAAGAAGUCAGGUAG